AUGGAGUACAUCUGCGCCGACUGCGCCGCCACCAAUGAGAUCCGACCAAGGGAACCCAUCCGUUGCAGAGAAUGCGGUCACCGUGUCAUGUACAAGAAGAGGACGAAGCGUAUGUCUGAUGAAGAUGAAGGUGGAUUCCAGGUCCGUAUCGAAACAAAUGGAUGUCGAUGCGCUGCAUUGUUACAAGGCCGUGACGGCACGCCAUACGACAUACGAAAGACGGCUGUUACGUGCUUCUGCACGGCAGAUACCAGUGCAUCGGCUUGGUCAGACACGGCUGUGAUCGAUUCGCGCUGGAAGGCUGCCUGCCUUCGUUCGUCUUCGCUUUCAGUCAGUCUUCCAAUCCUCUCCCGAAUUGGACCGCAACGGAUUGUCUGGUGCGAAGCGAAGCUGCCAUCUGUGGCCUCUUGCUGGGAGCACACCGAAUGCUCGAUUCAUAUCGACUGUAUUGCCGUUGGGAAGGCAUUCUUAAUGAGAAAGAGGCGGGACGCCGUACCAACUCCUCCUCAUCCACCAUCUGCCGCUCCACCGCGAAGAGCCGCAAUCAUGGCAAGCGACACACUCUCCGUACCCGACUCUUCCUCCUUCAGCCACGUCGACAGCAACGGAGCAGUCGAGGGAGCCGACAUGCGACGCGCCUCUUCCACAUCUUCCACCUACUCGCACAUUUCCGACGCCUCCAGCUCCGGCGAUGCUCUGCGACCGACGCUCUCGCGCGCCUCGAGUCUAGCGUACUCGGACGAUGGAUCCGUAUCCACGCCCUCGUUCCGCACCAAUCAUUCGAGCGCAUCCGCGUCCAUGGAAGGCAUCGAUCUGCUCGGCACCUCCGGUACCGCCGGCGCGCUCCCCCUCAGCGACCUGUUCGAAACCUACUUUUCCCCACGACUCGAUCUCGCCGGUCGAAAGUGGUCCGCCUUCUCCGGAGACAUGAAGUCCCGCGCACGUCGUCGUCGCGAACAGCUCGUCCGCAAAGCCCGCUCCAAACGCGAACUUCAGCAGAUGGACGACGAACUUCAGAAGAUGCGUUCGCGCGUUUCGAAACGCAUCGAAAACCUGCAACAGAAGUGGAUGGAUGCAAAAGUGGUCCGUUUGCGCGAUAAGAUCUCGUUCGUCGUAGGGGUGUGCAAUCUGGUCGUCAGCUCGUUGGUGUUUGCGUUGAGACCGGAGCUCAUCCCGACAUUGUACUCGGUCUUGGCGUUGUACUUUUUGCCGUUGAGGGUUUGGUCGUAUACCAGCAGGAAGUGGCAUUACUUUUUAUUCGAUUUCUGCUACUUUUUGAACAUGGCGAAUCUAUUGUUCAUCUGGGUCUUUCCUCACUCGGAGUUCUUGUUCACCGUCUGCUACUGUGCGGCUCAUGGUCCACUGGCGUUCAGCGUCGCCACAUGGCGAAACAGCCUCGUCUUCCACUCAUUGGAGAAAAUGACUUCGCUGUUCAUCCACCUCUACCCUCCGUUCGUCUUUACAACGAUGGUACACUUCAUGCCUCACGAUCAAGCCGUGACUCGAUUCCCCGCCUUGAAAAACCUGACCACGUUGAACGGCUACACGAGUUUCUGGUUUAAUGUGACGAUCUACUUGAUCUGGCAACUAGUCUACUACGAACUCAUCGUCAUCCGCAAAAAGACCAAGAUCGAGACGGGCGAACGCAUCAACUCGUACUCGACCAUGAGCAAGGGCAAAGGUCCCGUCGCCAACCUCCUCGGCAAAGCACCGCCCAAACGUCGCGAACCCGCGUUCAUGCUCCUCCAGUUCGUCUACACCAUCAUCACCACCCUCCCCGCCCCUCUGCUGCUCUACCCGAACCGAACCGCUUCCGGCGUGUUUUUCGCCGGCAUCUUUGUCAUUAGUGUUUGGAACGGUGCGAGUUACUACGUAGAGGUGUUUGGGAGGAGGUUCGAGAAGGAGCUGGUGCAGUUGAAGGGAGAGUUGGAGAUGAUUCAGGCGCAGGAGAAGGUGGUGGCGGUGGGGAAGAAGGGCGAGGCAAAGGCGGAGGACUUGGGGAGGGAGGAGGACGCAGAGGGAGAGGGAGAAGAGAACGAGGAAGAGGCGGCGGCAGCGGCUAGUGGGUUGCCACAGGGUGGCGAGGAUAAGAAGGAUCAGUGA